AUGCCUCUUGAGAACUUCGACGAGAAGCAUCCGGCGCGUAUCUCAAAUACGCCAGACACACCUCCUUCGUUUCACUCGCGAUCACACUCCGAGACUGAAAUCGAUUACACCUCGCGACGAACCAUGGCGGCAGGCUCCGGCAAAUACGUUCGCUAUAUUCUAUUCGCCGUCGUUUCCCUCGUCAUAUUGUAUUUUAUUUCCACGUCAUCAUUACCGACAUACACACCGCCCAUACCGCGGCCAGGCGCCGUCGGUCUGGGGGUCCACGAAGAGGAGAAACAACAGACCGCUCCAGAACCAUCAAUACCGUCUAGUGAACCAGAAAAAGCGGCCAAGGCCGAGAGCGCAAAGGUUGAGCCGACGAAUGCGCUGACUACGCCAUUCGACAAGAGCGAUCGACUCCUGCUCUCGCCUCCUGCAGCCGGAGAAAGAGUCAAUGCCACCUUUGUCACACUAGCACGGAAUUCGGAUCUGUGGGAGAUCGCACGAUCGAUCCGUCAGGUCGAGGACAGGUUCAACCGCAACUACAAUUACGACUGGGUCUUCCUCAACGACAAACCCUUCGAGCAAGAGUUCAUUAACAUAACGACAUCUCUGGUGUCCGGCAAGACACACUAUGGCGAGAUCCCGAAAGACCACUGGUCCUUCCCCGAAUGGAUCGACGAGAAGAAGGCCGCCGCAGUGCGAGAAGACAUGCGCCAGCGCAAGAUCAUCUACGGUGACAGCAUUUCAUACCGACAUAUGUGCCGGUUUGAGUCCGGUUUCUUCUUCCGCCACCCGCUUAUGAUGAACUACGAAUACUAUUGGCGUGUCGAACCAUCCGUUGAGUUGUUCUGCGAUGUCCAUUACGACCCUUUUCGCUUCAUGAAGGACAACAAGAAGAAAUACAGCUUCGUCCUCAGCCUGUACGAGUACGUCGAGACCAUCCCCACCUUGUGGGAGUCGACCAAGAAAUACAUCAAGAAGCAUCCCGAGCAUAUCUCCAAGGACAACUCCAUGAAGUUCCUGUCCGAUGACGGCGGUGACACCUACAACAAAUGCCACUUCUGGUCAAAUUUCGAGAUCGGCUCACUGGAAUGGCUUCGAAGCAAAGCCUACAUCGACUACUUCGAGUCUCUCGACAAGGACGGCGGCUUCUUCUACGAGCGUUGGGGCGACGCACCAGUCCACUCCAUCGCCGCAGCCUGA